AUGGAUUCUUUCGCUUCGUACAACACCAGGAACCAAGUGCGGCGACGUGCCGCAUCCGUGACGGCUCGAUCUUCAUUGUCAAGUGGGGCGGACCCUUCACUUGCGCGGAGUCGCCGACAAAUGUCAAUAUCCCAGCAGCCUCGCCGUCUCACCGUCAGAGACUUAUGGGAGAGGGCUCCGGAGGAAGACAGGUUGUUGUUCACGCAGUGUGUGAGGCGGGUUCAGUGCCGAUUGAAGGAGAGCCUCAGUUCCAUGAAUUUUCUUAGAGAACUGGCAUCCUAUUAUACGCGCACGGCACCUUUAAUAAAUGGUUUCCCAUUUUGUGUUUCCCUCAGUUAUGCCACAUUUCUUUUUCACAUGCAAAUGCCGCACGUGUGCAUUGAAGACAUUCAGCGAUAUGCGCAGCUGAUAGCAACGGCAAUUGACAUUAUCCCUGAUACCCAAAGGUCGGAACACCCGUUUGUACGUGAUGUGAUACGUGGCGAUGUUUUUGGGCUUUCUUCCCCCUCCCUUGAGGGGCCUGCGCACUACGUGGUUCUUGUGCCGAGUUUGCAAUAUCGUGCGUUCUCUCUUCUUGCUGUCACGCUUGUGGAGCAUGGUGUCGUCCCCGUUGACAUAAUUAAUCAGUGGCAGCGGAAGCUGCGGGAAUUGUGCAGGGCCACAUCGUCACUUGUUUCCAACCGUGCAUUGACGCUUAUUUUAAAAACAGCUGAGGAGGUUGAUCGAGAAGAACAAGUAGAGGUACUGAUGAAUGUGAUUCGCUCGAGUCCACGGAGAAUGCAUGUUGAACAGAUCGUGGCAUGCUAUGAGCGGUUGAAGCGGGCUGCUCCAUGCAUCAGCACAGGGCCGAUGUACGGGCGGUCGCUUUCAAUUCGUCUAACUAGCGUGUUUCUGACCCUUCGGUCUCCUAUUCGGAAGGAGUUCGUGGAAAGUUUUUUGUACCCAAGUCUCUGCAGUGAAGAUGUCAAGGACACGCUCAACCAACCUGCGGUGCGAAUGCACCUGUACCGAAAGCUGCUACGUCUAUGUACGCCUGGCAUGGGCACUAGUAACCCUUAUUACUUGUGUAUAUGUGCGAUCAUUCAGCCGUUCCUGGAUGAUGUCACGGAAGGAUCACUGGAGAUUGUGAGCUUGGUGAAGUGCUUGAUGCCACAUGCAGCCUACUUUGUAGCCACCUUGACUCUGGAUACGCGUUUACAGGCUGAAGUACUCGCGGGUAUCGUCGUAUCGCUCGUGGGCAGUUGUGCGAGAGUGAUGAAGAGGGUUCUAAUGAACUCCCCCGUUGCUCGGGCAGUGGAAAGUCCUGCAACAGUAUACAGCAUUCUUUUCCUUCUUCGCGAAGUCGUGCGUGGCUGCUCUAUUUCGUCGUCAGAGCGUGCCACCCUUAUGUUGCAGUGCAUUGGGGCUGUCGCUAACCCAAGCGUCAUGAAAACACUUGGGAAGGUGACAAAGGAGGCGUUUGAAAAGUUUUUGCCUAGUGGCGGAGAUACCUGCAACUCUCUUGUCGGAGGUGGUGCCUUUCCCUAUAUUGUUGAUCCGCAGUUGCUAUGCGCAGAGAUGGAUAUGGUGUUGCACGGGAGGCACGUCUGUGAGGCAAUCGAUAUUAUAUUGCAGCACAAUUGGAAUAUAGGUUCCAUUUGUGCACUGUGUGGUGAAACACGGGGACAGUCACCGCUCUGUCAGGCAAGUGGGGCAGCUCAUUAUGUGGGUACCGCUUCCUUGGGACGUGUGUUGGUCACCAUUACUGAAUGCGCAGGGUCAGAGGUUGUCAGGGAAAAGUUGAAAAGCCUGAUGUGUGACUCAUCCAGGCGAUUGGACAGUGCAGUUCACCUCUUGCUAUUUCAUAUUUUUGCUCAUGCCGGACCGCACCGCAAGGAACUUUAUCUAGAGAUAGAACCUUACAUCCGAAGCACGUUGGUGGAAGUGCUGAAUAAGUCGCGAGCUUUUGGUGUGUUGGACAGUGAGGAAAGGGCAAGCUUGCUUACGCUACACGCAAAAUUGGUUAUAUUACUAGGCAAUGCGGUCGACCGCAGCCAUGUGGAUGCAUUACUUCAGGCCCUAAGUUGCAUUCAGAUACAUAGCAAUCAUGACGCUCUUGUACUUUGGUACUUGGCAAAUUUACUGUUGCGCCGGGGAGGGAGUAAUGUGGAUCUUCUUCCGACUGCUCCGGAUGAGAACAAUUACUGUGUAGAGUACCCGGACUGCGCCCCCACAUGCAAAGAAGCCGCUGACAACGCCCAGUUGCUACUGAAGAUUAUUCAUCGUGCUCACUAUUUCAGUCCCCAGAUGCGUAAAUUGGUGGGUUGCUGCGUAUGCAAACUCAUCCAAGAUUUCAACAUGCAGGCGGACAAUAUCAUUACUGCCCUGCUUUCUCCUUUUGGCUCCGUCCCUGUCUCGUUAAAUUCACUUGUGGAAUACGCCCUUCCCGUUGGCGCCAACAGCACCUUCUGGUCGUUCUUCCUUCGUCAAAUGAAAACAUCGGCCCCUGCCCGUACGGCACUCCUGGCCAGCUUUGUGAAGAGCGUUACAAGGCGUUUCAGUGUUGCUUCGCCCGUUUCUUGUAUGCCUAUUACUGGUGAGGAAACAACAGCUGAGCUAUUUGCUGUCAUGGCGUAUGAAACAGUCAGACGCUGCCCACCCCUCGCGCGCGUUGUGCUUCAUUUGUUAACGAGUUGGGUGAAACAAACUCGUAGCACACCCGGUCGCUUUGUGUCUCUUGUCUACACCUCUUUGCAGAUGGUUAUGGUAAUCUUUCGCCGGUCCGUGGGUGCUGACGUGGCUGAGGUGGGGGCGGAGACACGGCAGGAUGCCCACCACUUUGGAGAGGCAGUCUCAAAGGCUGUGCAGGAGAUAAAGAUGCAAGUUGGACGAAUUAACGAUAUGGCUAGGGAGAUACGUGAUGAGAAUGUGGUAUUUUUUCGCUUGCUGGUGAGGCUGCUGAAGCGUACAAAGUUUGUUGUAAAGGAGACCGUUGGUGAGAGUUGUGAUGAGAUUGCGGACAUGCUUGGUGCUGGUGAUUCACUAGAUAACGAAGAAGAGGAGGGGGCGGGGGUGUCUGUCGAAGUGUGCGACGUCGCCCAGCCUGAUGGCACGCCCUAUCAGGGCGGUGAAUUGUUUUCCUAUUCACUGGAGGAGUUGCAACGACCAUCAGACGACAAUGUGUUCGACGACCUGACGAUGUCUCAUGGUGAUUUUGAUGCAGUUCCCGCACCGAUACCGUUGCACCUUCAGCGGAGAAACGAGCAGAAGGUAGAGGUGACACUAACACGGCGCCCCCACGCUAACACCACAUUUUCCAGCCAACUCCAGGAUACAGUGACAUCGUCGGCGGACAGUCUUUCACCAUGUUCCAGUGGAGGGUCGUGCGGCUUACCGCCCGCGUUUGACAGCGGCACCGGGGCUGCCGACGCGAGUGGUCGUAAACAAGGCGGUAUUACUCCUUUAUCAAAAGCACAGGAGAGACUCAACGAAUCAUAUCGCCAAGCUGAGGGUGCUGAAACCAUUCUAACGGGGAGGGCUCCAACGGUCUCGAAAGGGAUCCAAACUAGCCCUCAGGAAGGACAAGUAAAGAGGAUAAACCCCGCGACGAGUCCAAAUGGACAGCUGAGCAACGUAGCAGCUUCUACUUUUCCCGAGGCGGUGCUGGUUGAGAGCAACCCUGGUCGGAGUAAACGGUUUUCUGAAAUGCUUAAAGAGGCAUCUACUGCCAUCGGGGACAUCGGUGCAAACAGCACGUGGCAUGAGAUGAGCGUGUUCAGUGAGGGUGACGAGGAACCUAUUGACGAUACAACUGUGCCACCUCUACAGGGAACUAAUUCUGCGAACUGUGUCACCGUCCCAUCGGCACUUGCUCUUCAGUUUUUUGCUACGUACCAAACCGCGGGGGAUGUCUUCGAUGAGCUUCAGCGACAGGAUGAACGCCGACAUUACGGGGAGUGCGCUGGACCUCCAGCAAGACGGCAAGUGUUGGCCACGGAGGGAGAGAGGCGCGGGGAUCUUGCUGUGUAUGGUUUUGACAGGGGUACCGCUUCCCAACACAACCUUGUGUCCACUGCCGCGGUCGCUCCUCAUGCUGCUAUUCUUCCCGUUGUAGUAGAGGGGAGGGCCAACAACUACGACUUGCCGCAUUCGUCCCGUCCGCAGGUUCCUGGGAGGCUUGUGGUGGCCCACGUUAACAUGGUGAACACGGCUGACCGCAAGAGGGCACAAGAUGGAGGUGAGGCUGAAGGGAGCGCUUGUCGCAUGACCGCGGAGAAGAAAAACCGCGUGGAAGGGGCUGGGGCUGGUAAUCCUGGACAGCUAGUCACAUAUUCCCCCCAACCUGAGCAGGGCCAAAAUGGUGGCCACCACGACGACGCAAAACAGUGCUAUGAAAAUAGAGGCGCUACAACCACGCUUCUGCCCCAGCAGGAGACUUCCGCCGCUCUUCGUGAGCUGGAGGCGUUGCUGGGACAUAGUGGUGCGACAAGUGUUUCCCCAACUUUUGGUGGAGAAGUUGCCACUACUACGUCUGGCGGUGUAGCCAUGUUUCCUCAGGGUGUCGUUCCACGUUUUUUUGUGGAACAGGGUACCGGGACAACUACGCUGGAGUUGCGGCAAGCCAUGGGUGCACGAGAUCCAAAUGGCGUAUCUUCGUUGACGAACAAUGAACGGAGGGUGCGGGGCAAUGGUAUAAUGGGGGCUAAUGUCGAUGGGGAGGUUGGUAACACCUGGCGCUCCGAUGUCACAGCGCCCCCCGUGCCUGAGUAUGCUCGCGAUCCGCAAUAUUCGUUGGAAAUCGUUUAG